AUGGCGUACUUCACGGUGCACUACGGCAACAACGAGGCGAUGAUGUUCAACGCCGAGUGCAGCGUCGGCGCGCUGGUGGACCGCAUGCUCGAGUUGCUCGCGCCGCACACCGCCGGCUACACGCGGCUGGAGCUCCUGCCCAUCAACUUUGUGCUGGAGCAGUUCCGCCCGCCCGCCGGCCUCGGCGCGUCUGCGCGGGGCGGGCAGCCGCCGCACGAGGCCGGCAACGACGCCGCCGCGGCCCCGUCAGCGAGCGCCCUCAAGUCGCCGCCCUUCACCGGCGCGAUCCCGUUCGUUGGGCUCGCGACCCGCGCGGUGGAGAGUUACGCCGACGCCGUGCUGGGCGGUGCGACCGCCGCCGCGCUGCCCCCGUCGACGCCGGCGGUUUCCCCCUCCCCCUCCGCGGGGGGCGCCUCGGCGAGCGCGGCGGCGGCGGCAGCGUGCGGCGGCGGGCCCACCGCGCCCUCCCCGGCGCUGCAGAGCUCCUACGUGCUGCUCGGCUGCCGCCACCACCCGUACCACCACCCGCCGCUGCCGCCAGCGACGACGACGGCCGCGGCGGCGCGCGAGCGGACAGGCACGGCCGUCGCCCUCGGUCUCGCCGCCCCGACCUCGGCGGGGAACAGAGCCGCAUCGGCGGCGACUCGGAGGACGCGCGCCAGCGACGCCGUGGCGACGCCGCAGCAAAUCGCCACGCUCCACCGCGCCCAAGUCGUCGCGGCCGCCCCCAUCGUCGCGGCGCCUGCCAGCCGUGGAAGCAUCUGCAGCAACGCCGCCGGCAGCUGGACGGCGGCCCCCGCGCAGGGCAGCGCCCCCAGCGUGGACCCAGCCACCCUCCUGCUGUACAACAACGGCCUCGCCCUGGGCGGGGCCGGCACCGCCGCGUGGCGCAGGAACUUCAGCCACUACCUCACCACGCUGCUGCUUCCACAAGCCGGGGAGGCCACCACCGCCACGACGACGACGACGACGACGACCGCCCCGCCAUGCGACGCUGAGCGCCAAAGGGCCACCUUGACGGAGACCGCCAAUUCCCACAGCGAAAGCGCUCCGGUGGACAGCGCGGUGCUGCUCCCCGCCGCGGCUACGGGUCUCUUCAAAACACCAGCGCCCCCCAUCACCAACUACGACGUUCUCUGGCGAGGGCCACGUGGGGAGCACAUCCGCCUGCAGGAAGCCCUGGACGAGCGCGUCUUCACCGACAUCGACACCAAAAAGAAGAAGCCCAAAAAGAGCUGA